AACGAUACUUCGGUCGAUAAUAAACUGAGAAAACCUUUUUCAUAUGGAAGUUGAAACUCCUUCUUCUUCCCUCCCUUUUCAUCUCUAACGAUUAUUUUUCCUUUUCCGGUUUCCGACGACACAGCUUUUACAAAUUUUGUCCCUUUCCCCUCCGAUUCCCUUCAUUUUAUCCGGCGAAAUUUUGAUCAUGGGCAGCAGCGGCGGGUCGAAUCCUGGUCCGAUUUCCUGUGGGUCGUGGAUUCGGAGGCCCGAGAAUGUGAACUUAGCGCUCAUUGGAAGGUCCAGGCGACCGGAUUCAUCUCCUUCUACAGUUGAGAUUUUCUCGUUUGAUCCCAAAGUCGCUUCUCUUUCGUCAUCUCCUCUGACUGAAUUCGUGUUUGAAGAAUGCGACGGCGAUCUUGUCAGUGUUGCUGUUCACCCCAGUGGGGAUGAAAUUGUCUGUUCUACUACUCAAGGUGGAUGCAAAUUACUUGAGCUGUGUGGUCAAGAAUUAAACGUGAAGCUGUUGAUAAAAGAAUUGCCUUCACUGAAAGAUGUUGGUCCUCAAAGUUGCCUCACUUUCAGUGUCGAUGGUUCUAAACUUGCUACUGGUGGGGUGAAUGGACAUCUCAGAAUCUUGGAGUGGCCAAGCUUGCGCCCCAUUUUAGAUGAACCAAAUGCUCAUAAAUCUGUGAGGGAUAUGGACUUUAGCCUAGACUCAGAGUUCUUGGCUUCUACUUCCAGUGAUGGAUCAGCCAGAGUUUGGAAAACGGAUGAUGGAGUUCCUAUAACUACUUUGACCCGGAAUGCGGAUGAAAAAAUUGAGCUCUGUCGCUUUUCCAAGGAUGGGACUAAACCAUUUUUAUUUUGUACCGUCCAAAAAGGCGAGAAGGCUGUCAUGGCCGUUUGGGAUAUCAGUAAUUGGAAAAGAAUUGGGUAUAAGAGGUUGCUGAGAAAGCCUGCUUGCAUAAUGUCCAUCAGUCGAGAUGGAAAAUAUUUGGCUUUAGGAAGCAAGGAUGGGGACAUAUGUGUGGCGGAAGUAAAGAAAAUGGAAGUCAGUCAUAUGAGCAAGAGGCUGCAUCUGGGUACAUCCAUAAAAACUCUUGAGUUUUGCCCCAGUGAGAGGGUUAUUCUUACUAGUUCAGUUGAAUGGGGGGCUCUUGUUACCAAGCUAAAUGUGCCAGCUGACUGGAAAGAGUGGCAGAUCUACGUGCUGCUCAUAAGCCUUUUCUUGGCAUCGGCUGUUGUUUUUUACAUAUUUUACGAGAACUCCGAUUCAUUUUGGCAAUUCCCUCUUGGAAGAGAUCAACCAGCAAGACCCAGGUUUGAUUCAUUUGUUGGAGAUUCACAGUCACAGUCUGCUGAUGAUCCAUUUGGACCAGUUGACAUGUGAAUGCAAGAGCGUUAUCUAAUGACCGAACAUACGAAAGGGUCAACAAGCAUUGGUUUUCAGUUCUUCGAGCUUUUUGUGCCUAGCUUAGCUUUAAACUUCAUUUGCUUGCAAGUUCUUUUAUUUGUAGCAUCAUCCUAAGAAAACUGAUAAUGUAGUUGUUAUGAUGAUCAACUAGCCUGUUUGUCUGUGAUCAUUAAGUUGAAAGGAUAGAAAUUUCAAUCAUCUAUUAUUUACUCAUUUUUUAUGAUGAACAUUCUUGUUGCAAAUGGUCAUUUAAAAUAUUGCCUUGAGCUAA